AUGUUCUCCUCAAGCACAUAUAACGGCGGCAUCGACAUGGAAGCUCAAGGAGGCAUCAACGCGACUCCACCGCCCUACCAAGCGGACCCUGGACCCGGAGGGAACAAGGAUGAGGCAGCAUGUUUCUUGAGCAGUAAUCUGUGUCCAAGUUUGAUGAUGUGUUUAUCUCCUCAGCCCUGCCAAGACUGGGAGGGACAGGACUGGUUCGGUUCCAUCGAGUUUAAAUGCAGCGACAUACCUGCGCUGAUGAGAAAUGGCCUGCAUUUUGCAGAGGCCAAUGUUCAAAGAGAACAAGGCUUCAUCGUGUCGCCACCUAAAGGGGUCCCUUCUCAGACAGAACCCCUGACCUACUCGAGAAUUUGGUUCCUUCGGAGUACAGGACCAGGAACACCUAGUUGGACUGCACGGCUGGAGAUCGACGCGAGGACGCUGAAUACGCUGUCGUCGAUAAGAAUGGACGACCUCUCGGCAGCCAACGUCGCCAUGUGCAAGGCCUGGAACAGGAGAGGAGAGAUGGUCUAUGUGUUUGAAGCUAUGGACCCGGAUCGGCGGUGCAAUGCUAUCUAUGGCGAGCUGCCACUGGAGGGCUGGUGGCCGUGGCCAAAGCAAGACGACAAGACUCCGAGUGGUUACUGA